AUGUCUUGGGUGAACCGUAAACGAGAGUUGAAGAAACGCAUGAUGGAAGAGGCAGAGGAUGAUCCAAUUCUCAUGCUCUCAGGAGGAAAGCUCAAUUCUUCUCGCGAUACUAUUUCCAAUAAUAAUAACAUUAUAUCUCAUGAAGAGAGUGGAUCAAUGAUGAAGAAGAGUGAUCGUCCCGAUUCGGAAUUUGUAAAAUCUUUCAUUCAUUCAUCGCCAAGCCAAAAUUUAUCGGGAGAAAAGCCUAAGAAUAAUAAUAACAGGAGUAUUAGCAAUAUAGACUCAUGCUUGAAUCAUGUGUCCCCAUCACUAUCAUCGUCAUCAUCAUUACUGGUGAGCAAUAGUUCCAUGACAAGUCAGAAUCAUGCUCAAUCAUCAAAUUCAAUAUUUGAUUAUGAUCCACCACAACCGGUUCAGCCUCAACAGACAAAACAAUUACCAACUGUACCACAAUCAAAGAGCGUGUCACAAAACGCAUCAACUCCCAAGCCUCUACCAAAAGUUUCUCAACCGGUUGUGUCAAAAGUGAGCACAACUGAAGCACAUGUGAAAAAUUCUGAUAAUGCACAGUCACAACCACAAAAUCAAGAAUUGACUUUGGAAAUGUUUGAAGCUUUGAAAAAACAAAUUUUUGAUUUGGAAUUAGAAAAUCAAAAACUAAAAAGAGAAUUACAAGAUUCGCAAGGAGGCUCACUGCAUGAUAUGGUGGAAGAAAUACCAUCGAAUCACUCUACACAAGAUUCUGGUUUUGACGACUAUUUUAGUGACAAGAAAGUGAUUGUUUUAACUCUUGCUGAUGAAAUUCGAGAAGGCCUGCGAUGCAAUGAAUUGAACAAAGUACACAUUGUAAAAGCAAAAACAAACUCUAAAAAGAAACCUCCUGUUUUUGGAACUGAGGAGGAAGAUGAAGAAACAGAAAUUAUCAAUCAAAGUAGCAAAACUGAGGAUGGCUAUAAAUAUAAAUACAGUAGAACCAAUUAUUAUGUGGAACAAAACAAAGAACUUGAUGCGUGGUGUAAUUUGAGGAGGUUAAGAGACUCCAAGCACAAAAUAUCAUUACUGAAAAGCUGUGGAAAAAAUUAUGACAUUGUCUUGCCAAUUUUAUUAUCGAUAGAACAAUCUUUAAAUUUUCGAUCAUUUAUGGAAGUACUUGUAGAGUCAGAUAGACAAGAGGGAUAUUAUUUAUGGCUCUACAUUAAAUUUUUAAAGAAGCUUGGUGACACAUCCACGCUGCUCAAAGUUUACAAAUUUCAUGGAAUGAUUCGAGAGCAAGCUCUGCUUCAAUAUCAGAUGGCCAUUCAGAAACAAGAUCCCCAUGAGAGGAUUGAUGAGCUAGAGCAUUGUCUGUCAUUCAUUCAGAAAAAUGCACAAGCCAUCGACAAUCCUGCUGGAUUUCUGUCACAAAUGUACUCCCUAGACUGCGCUGAGGAAUUAAGCAUUGCGGUGGCCAAUCUGAUUCAUCUCACCACGAAACAAAUCAAAAUUGAUGAGCAAGAUAAUAUUAUUGCCAAAUCUGGGAAAAACUCACUAUUUAUUCAAUUCAAGAAGUAUCCAAUUUACAACACAACACUCUCAGAAACUUUAAAAUAUUGCCUGUUUUACCACAAUGCAGUCCCUGACGAUCAAGUAUCCUCACCAAAAUCGAUUGCCAAAUUCUUUAAUUUGUCACAACACCGAUUUUUGUAUGAAGCCGUCGUUGCAAGAAGCCGCAUUGGUGAUUGGAAAGGAGUCAUGAAUAUUUUCGCAAAGGCCAAGAAAGACGGUCUCUGUUACUGCUCUGCCUAUGAUUUGAAAAUGCACAAAGAAAAUAGUUCUUUCAUGAAACUAAUUUCUGGAAAACCAAAUAGGUCUGAAUCCAACUCCAUUCUCAACAUUCACAACAUUCUUCAAGUUUUGAAAAUAUUUAAGGCUCCACGACCCAUGAUUCGAGAUUUACUCGAAUCGUAUGCUUUCCAGAAAACAGAAGUUGAGUUGAAGUUUGAAAUUGCAAAGGAGUACAGAAUUUAUGAUGUUGCAAUUCGAUGUAUUGUGGAUGACUUGAAAGACAGAGAUUUGUUGGUCAAGCUGAAAGAAGACCUCAACAAACGAUAUCAUGAUGCUGACAAGUCAGCUCUUCAAGAUGAAAUCAACAAUCACUUGUAUAACAAGAAAAUCAAAUGGAAGAAGGCCACUAUUAAUGUAUAA